GGAAGUCAUUGGCGACAGCGAAAGGUUCACGUUACUUGCAGGAACACUAAAGAAAGGAGGAAAAGCUGCUAGCGGGAUACCAGGACUGAUUUUAUUGGGAAAAGCGUGUCAAAUAAUUGGCAGACGCUGGUAUCUCGGUAAUCCUCUCCCUGGCGAAGUUACGGGCAUAUCAUCGUGGAAUGUGCUGGCAGCAGUGAUUGGCUAAGUGGCAGUGGUGCCAACAGCCAUCAUCCCAUGAGCUUUCUUUUGGCCUGAGCUGUCUGCUUUGGGCUCCGGCCUGGUUCGUCUGGAUCUCUGUGCCUCUGGUGCCGCAAUCAUGGAUCACCCCAGAGAGAAGGAGGGCGAGAGGCCGGUGAGGAGCAGUAAAGUGGCCCAGGGGCGCAGUGGACACUCCAGGCCUUCCAGCUCCUCCACAUCCUCUGGAGUCCUGAUGGUAGGACCUAACUUCAGAGUUGGCAAGAAGAUCGGCUGUGGGAAUUUUGGAGAGCUGAAGCUCGGAAAGAACCUCUAUACCAACGAGUAUGUUGCAAUAAAAUUGGAACCUGUGAAAUCGAGGGCCCCACAGCUACAUUUGGAAUACCGGUUCUACAAAACAUUAGGCAGUGCAGUUGAGGGUCUGCCUCAGGUCUUUUAUUUUGGGCCAUGUGGGAAAUACAAUGCCAUGGUUCUAGAGCUGCUGGGUCCCAGUCUUGAGGAUCUGUUUGACCUGUGUGACCGAACCUUCUCUCUAAAGACCGUCCUGAUGAUCGCCAUUCAGCUGAUUUCUCGCAUGGAGUAUGUGCAUUCUAAAAACCUCAUCUAUCGGGACGUCAAACCGGAGAACUUUCUUAUCGGGCGGCAAGGCAAUAAGAAGGAGCACAUCAUUCACAUCAUAGACUUUGGCCUUGCGAAAGAAUACAUCGACCCAGAAACCAAAAAACACAUUCCUUACCGGGAGCACAAGAGCCUCACCGGCACAGCACGAUAUAUGUCUAUUAAUACACACUUAGGGAAGGAGCAAAGUCGGAGGGAUGACCUUGAGGCUUUGGGUCACAUGUUUAUGUAUUUCCUCAGGGGAAGUCUCCCCUGGCAAGGACUAAAAGCCGACACACUUAAAGAACGCUACCAGAAGAUUGGGGACACGAAGCGAAACACUCCCAUUGAAGUUCUCUGUGAAAACUUUCCUGAGGAGAUGGCCACAUACCUGCGAUAUGUCAGGCGGUUGGAUUUCUUCGAGAAGCCAGAUUACGAAUACUUGAGAACCUUGUUUACGGAGUUGUUCGAACGAAAAGGAUACACAUUUGAUUACUCUUAUGACUGGGUUGGCAGACAGAUUCCCACACCAGUGGGGUCAGUCCAUGUGGAUUCAGGUGCAUCUGCCAUAACACGUGAGAGCCACGCACACAGGGACAGACCCUCCCAGCACCAGCCAUUAAGAAAUCAGACGGCCGUCUCCGACCGCAGAGGAGCAUGGGAAGUGCAGCCCAAUCGCCAGACAAACACCUCCUACCUGACCUCCCACCUGGCAGCAGACAGGCACGGGGGCUCCGUGCAGGUGGUUAGCUCAACCAAUGGUGAAUUGAAUGCCGACGACCCGCUGGCGGCCCACUCGAAUGCACCAAUCACAGCGCAGGCAGAGGUGGAGGUGGUGGAUGAAGCCAACUGCGUGAAAAUGCUCAACCUGUGGUGCUGCUGCUUCUUCAAGAGGAAGAGGAAGAAAAACACGCCCCGACACAAAUGAACCCCCGGCCUCUCCACGAGAACCCAUUCCUUUGGUUGUUUUCCGAGCGUUCAAAUAAAGAAAUUUUACAAGACUACAACGGCGAGCCUUCAAAACGAAUCACUUCGAGGGGGCCCGGCAUACGAAAACCGAGACGUGCACACGUCGUCUCUGUUGGGAUUGUGUUUGUUUUUGUUGUUUUCUUCCACACAUGAAUUUAGGCGGCGGCAGGCCUCACAGAUAUUCACGCAAACCUACGGAUCUCAAAGCACUGGAACAGCACAGGACUUGAUUUGCUGUCCUGCUUAUUUUUCAUUGUCCUCGUCCCUGCCGGUGGGAGGAAAUCUCUGAUUGUUAUCCUCUUCCUCUGUGACGGACGCAGUUCCCAUGGUGUGAUGUAAAGAGACAAAAUCGUCCACGCUGGACCCACUUGUCCAUCCCCUGGCAUUGCGUGAGACAGAGCUGCAGCGCGGCCCUUUUCUGUUCACUUAUCUUUUUAUUUUUGGUUUUGUUUGUAUAUUUGUUGGCUGAUUGUUGGUUUUCAUGCUGCCAGGAAGUGGUCGAAGCCUUAGAUAUGACUAGCGUUCGUCAUCGUACAUGUCGGAGUGAUUUAACGCACACGGGCAAAGCGAAAAACAAUUAACUGUAGUAACGAUGCUAACCGGCCUUUACACGUGAACUUUGUGAAAGUGUGACGUAAGCAGCUCUGUUUCCAGUGGUAACGGGAUAGAUGUGACGUGUUGGCGCGAUCUUCGUUCCACUGACUAGUAUUUAAGCUGCUUGUUUUAAAGCACUCCUCCCGACACACCUACCAGCCAGUCCUGCUGCUGUACCUCUUACGACAUCGUAUCGCUUUUCGCAUAAAACGUCUGCUUUUCUGUUGGCUGCGGUGACCAGCGAAACCUCUUUCCUUCUCUGCGCUUUUGUAUCUGAAACACUCUUUUCCGUCCAUAUUGUCACCUUAUUAUUCCCACAAAGAGUCGACUGAUAGAUGUUGUUUUAUAUGCCAGAAAACUGCUUAUUAUUCAGGAUGUGAAUAACUGUUUUAUGUGCCAGGGUGGUUAAGAAAAGUCUUAUUCCUCGACGUGUUUGUGUAAAGCAAUUUCAGCUUGUUAUAAUGGCUAUUCGGCAACCGUUCCAUAUAGGUGCGCAUGAGUCCGGAGGGCGUAAUGUGGGAGGAUCCAGACUGAUGGUACUGAAUAUCACUGCUCAGUAUCUAUAUAAUGCCUUAACGUUACUCAGCACCUCUAUGGGACUCCGCGAUAGGACAUUACGAAAUUCCCAUGCCUUCAUGCUAAUGUAAUACGUGUCGCGUUCUCUUUAGGAACAUUAUUUGGGGGGUAUGAAUCAGAUUAUAUGGAUAAAGUAUUAAAACAGACCCCCUGAAGCGGCCCAUCUUUGUUAAUUCAUGUGGGACUAUUAUAGCGCCCUUGAGGCGCUCUUAACCGGGCAGCCCUUGACCUCUUACACGGAUGAGGCAGUCCUCGGGGUAGAUUAUAAAAAUGGGGUUGUGCGUUAAAAUGACUGUAAUGUUUAUGUUUUUUACUUUCAAGAAUCGCUGCGAGAGACUCUAUAAUCGUGACGUUGCCUUGCUCAUUUCUCGCCCGUUCACAGCAUUAAAUCCAUGAUUUUAUUUCGUGAGCUUUCUAAUGUAAAGUAAAUGUGAAUUAAUGUAAGAUAAAUUAUAUAACUAUUAUUUUAUUUUAUUUUGAUCACCGUGCGGACAUCGAAAGAGAAGCCAUAGGAGCGUUGGACUGCACUAAAGUUUCGUUCGGCCCUCGAUGACUUUAACUGUUAGUCUGUGCAUUACUGUAUACUUCUGAUCUGAGGGUCUGAUACACCUCUCCUGUAAUGUUUUCUAGAAACCGUGAUGUUUCUGUAUAAAAAAGGGCCUACAGGUGGUAAGGUUAAUUGCCAUGUUGGACCAAAUGGAUAUCUCAAAAUGGCACAGAUUCUUUAUUAGCACAUUCUUGACUAACCAAUUAAGUCAUCCAGUCCAUUUCCACUAGUUUUUCAAUGUAAAUAGUAAUUUGGUGAGCUCCCAUGAGGUCUAAGUGUCACAAGCCUACAUUCGUGGAGCCGUGCAUGCGGGUUGGCGGCAAUAGGAGGGCUAACCAACCAACCGCUUUCAUCGCAUACGAAACUUGUCACGGUGAGCUGUAUUUUUCCGACGUGAUGGUUAUUUAAUAGUUUUCCUCAUGCUUAUCCACUGUGAUGCAGGUCACUUUGGGUCUAAAUUAUUCUGUGAAAAGUACUUGAACGAUAUGCUUGGAAAUCCACUCGCGGAGUCUUACGCGUCAAGCGAGAGGUCUCCCGUAAGACUCUUUAUUUAACAUUCUUCUCUCAUUGAUAUGUAUUACGUGCCUCGCUAGACGAUUUAGUAUUUUUUGGAUGUGCACUGCUUGCUAUUGCCAGGCGAGGAGAACGAUUUUGCAAGUUUACUCUCCGCUGACCCCCCCCCCCCUAAUUCUUAUUGACUCUUCCAAAGUGUAAACGGGCUAGUUGCAGGGCCACUAAUAGUAACUGUUUUGUGGAUAUAAACAGAAUAUUUAAUCGUCUGAUUAUGGUUAAGCUAUUUAGUCCUACUAUCACUGAACUGACACAUACUUUGAUGAACAGGAAAGAGUAGAUCAAGAACGAUCAAACAUGCUAUAUAUAUAUAAGACACUACACUGAAAUCACACUCCAGUAUAUAUGAAGUACUCUUAUUGAUCGAUGGUUAAAAUUCUGUGAAUGUUAUUACUGGAAUAUGAAAUGAUGCGAUCGAAAUGAUUACUAGCUCUAUUGUCAACCAUUUUUAAUUUCCCGUUUUAUUUUAAAAUGUACUUUUUUAUUUUAAUAAAGAUGGUAUCCUUACAAUAAUGGCCUUUUAGGUUUAAAUAUAUGAACUAUUCGUUAAAAGGUGGUCCAGUCGAUCAGGAAGCAUUGUGGGUCUUUUGUAAAGGUGUCUGUGUACCGUACCAUCUUCUGCUUUCGCAUCACAUUACUGUGCUACAGAUUUACACACAGAGAGGUACAGUAUAGAUUAUUCUCAUAAAGUUGAUGUAAGUGACGUUAAUGAAGAUUUUUACGUGCAUGGCUUUUAAAUGGGAAAGCAAUGGAAACUACUUGUCAAUUGGGCACUGAAGAACAUUGUGGGCAUGAAGUUGAUACACUGUUACCCUGAGGCUGCAUAAUGCCUUUAAAUGCUACUGCAAGGCCGACCCUCUGUAAGCAGGUAAAUCUCCACUGCGUACCUUUUUCACCACUGUAUAACGUAUAGCCCUGCCAUUGUGUCUGCUAUAGAGUCAUUGCUUUCUUUUCUAAACAAAUGUAAUCAUUCCCGUCACAUUUCGGUUAAUGUGCGAACUUGUUAACGUGCAAACCAAUUGUCCUGGUUAAACUGCUUAUUUUUAACGACCUCGGAAUGAUGAUUAUAUUACAACUGUCUGAAUAGGAAAGCACUGCAAUAUUUGAAUUAUCUUUUGUUUAGGCUUUUAUUUGUUGUCGUUUCUUUCAGUAAGAAAGAUGGCGACAAAGAUUCUGCGUACUUCUGUACUUCAUCCCUAUUAAAAAACGAAAUUGUACAGUACCGCAGGAGUCUUCGUUCUCUUGUUCUGGUCAUACUUACAGAGAUACUUUAAAUUUCAUUGUGUUAUGAAUUUAUUGUGUUGAAAUAUGAAUGUUACUUAAAUGUAUUUCAAUGAUUUACUUUGUCAAGGGCUUCAACUGUGAUGGACCCGUUUUUCCCCUCUCUCUAAACGUUUUCUUUUUAAGUUGCAGGCCUUAAUCUUAUUUAAAAUGCCUAUUUUCCUGAGGAGUCCUAUAAUAUUCCAUACAUAACCUUUCAAAUUAAAUUUUUAUUCCCUGUACUCCUAAAGGGAAACUCAAAGUUUGCACCCUUUUUUAUGUAAAAUAAAAGAAAAUGUCUCUUAACAUCUGA